AUGGCGUCAUCAUCAACACCAGAAGCUCCAGACACGAGCUACGUCGAGAUGGACGACAAGAACGAUGCCACUCUGAUCGGCAAGCACUGCGAAUACGAAUACUGCAACCAGCUCGACUUCCUCCCCUUCUUCUGCCAGUCCUGCCGAAAGACCUUUUGCCUCGACCACCGAUCCGAGACUUCGCACAAAUGUACAGAUGCUGGUGCCUGGGCAGAGCGCAAGCGGCUUAAGCAGCUGGCACAACCAUCCAUCGGCCAGGGCAGGGUUCUACGGGACAAGGUUUCUCAGAAGCCAUGCGCGUCGCCAGAAUGCAAGACGACGAUCGGAACCUCCUUGACGCCAGGGGUACACUGUCAGACUUGUAAUCGAGACUACUGCCUGAAGCACCGACUUGGGGAGGACCACGACUGCAAGAACCUAGUACCUAUCGGAGCACGCCCAGUACAGUUCGACGUUGCCCAAAAGACAAAGUCGGCAUUCGAUAGGUUCCGCGCCUGGGGUACGGCCAAGAAAGAGCAAGCAAGCCGGGCACUCCCCAAGCCAAAGCCAACCUCUGCCUCAGCCCGGCUAGUCGCCGUCAACAAACUCAAGAAGACAGCCAAGGGCGACGACAAGGUUCCCAUGGAGAAGCGGGUGUACAUCUACGUGGAGGCCGAGGCGGAGACGGCAAAGGCCAAGUUCCCUAAGGGCGAAUUCUUCUACAACAAGGACUGGGUGGUAGGCCGGGUCCUCGACGCCGCAGCCAGGAGUCUGCAGGUGCAGAACAUCAACAAUCAGAGCUCCGACGAAAAGGAUAAGCUGCGGGUGUUUCACGUUGAGGGCGGCAGGAUCUUAGAGUUCAACGAAAAGGUUGGCACAGCGCUACAGAGCGGGAACACGGUGGUUUUGUUAAGGGGCGUUGGGCCUGCCACGCCGGAUUUGAUUGAAGCGAUGCCUCCUGUUGUACCGCGCAAGAGAUUGCGCGAGUCUUCGCCCUCAGGAGAGUCAAGGCCAUCAAAAUCAGCAAGAAGCAAGGAUGGCUCAUCUCGGCGCAGAGCAACCCUAUAUGAUGAUCUAGAUGCGACCUCGACACCUCUGUCGUCAAAGAAUUCGAACUCGGUUCUGCAUGGUUUUGCGGAUAACGAUAGUGAUGAUGAUGAAAGCUCUUUGACAUCGCUUUCGGAUGAUGAAUUCGAGGACGUAGUCCCGCCGAAGGAUCCGGAGGACAAAGAAGAGGAGGACUCCACAGACGAGGACAUCGAGUUCGAGGAUGUCGAGGCGCCAGCUGCACCGACACCGGAUGCUCCAGUACCAUCUGGCGAUUUGGAGUUGACUCUCACUAGAGAUACUCGGAUCUCACUGACGAAUGCCUUUGACAAGAAGGGGCCAUCAAAACGAGAGAGAAAGGUCCGACAUGCUACGCAUUGCGUUCAUGUCUUAUUACUUCUAUGGCACAACGCCGUCCGGAACUCCUGGCUCUGCGAUCCCGAGGUCCAGGCUACUAUGAUUUCUCAUCUUCCACCCAGGCUAUGGGAUGAGGUGGACCGGUGGAGGCGCAACAGCGGUCUUGAGAAGCCACCUCCCAAGAAGACGACAAAGGAAAAUAUCAAGACAAAAGAAAAGGGCAAAAAAGCUCAAGACAGACAGUCACGAGAUUGGGGCGCCGAGGCACAGAAGCUGGAAGAAGGGGCUGUCGAUAUGAGCCACGGAGAUCCGCUCUUCAGACUUAUGCGGGUACUGACAUCUUGGUGGAGGCAGAGAUUCCGCGUGUCAGCACCAGGCCUGAGGAAAUGGGGAUACAUGUCUCUUGAGCGGCUGGACCGGCUUACCAAAGCCCACAAGGCUGAGCCUCAUGAUCCCGAGCAAUUUGGGGAGAAGAUAGAGGACCUGGAGGGUUUCCGGGAAUGUGCUCGAGCUUGUACGGGAAGUCGAGACGUUGGCGCCCAGUUAUUCACUGCGCUCCUCAGAGGAUUGGGCUUGGAAGCACGAAUGGUUGCGAACCUCCCUACUCUUGGAUUUGGCUGGAACAAGCUUGAAGAUGCCGAGCCUGAAAAUGACGACAACUCGGGUCAGAAGAAGUCGAAAGCAAGCAAGAAGAAAGUGUCAAAAGGCACAAGCGAAACGAAGGCAACUACGAAAACGACAAGUGGAAAAGCAAAGAAACCGGCCAAAAAGUCCAAGCCCAAGACAGAAAUCGCGAGUGAUUCUGAUGAGCUGGAGCUCGAGUACAAGGACACCGACGAUGAGUCUGUGGUUGAACUGGAAGCCACCCCCCGAAAUAUACCUGUUCCUACGAAACAGUUUGAUCGAGACAUGGACUAUCCGCACUACUGGACAGAGGUCCUGUCCCCUGUCACUAACACCUACCUUCCCGUUGAUGCUAUAGCCAGAAACAUUGUCGCAACAAGUCGAGGUCUCAUCGAGUCGUUGGAGCCCCGUGGUGCUAAAGCCGACAAGGCUCGACAGAUCAUGGCAUACAUUGUUGGAUACUCCCAAGACGGAACAGCCAAGGAUGUUACCGUCAGAUACCUCAAGCGGAAUCUACUUCCAGGGCGUACCAAGGGAGUGAGAAUGAUGCCAGAGAAGGUUCCGAUUUACAACCGUCACGGAAAGGUGAAGCGAUACGAAAAGUUUGACUGGUUCAAGACUGCAAUAUCUGGAUACCGCCGUGGCACCAAGAGGCAUCCAAUUACAGAAGUCGACGAAAUGGAAGAUGUCACAGACCUAAAGGUUGCCAAGCCAGAGAAGAAAGAAGUCAAGGAAGGCAAGGAGACAUUGCAAUACUACAAGCAGUCCAAAGAAUUUGUCCUGGAACGACAUCUAAAACGCGAGGAGGCUCUCAAGGCUGGGGCCAAGCCAGUCAAGAUCUUCAAAACCAAGGGCAAGGGCGGCAAGAUCGAGGAGGAAGGUGUCUUCCUUCGCAGCGACGUCCUGAAUGUGAAGAGCGCCGAGACAUGGCACAAGCAGGGCAGGGCGCCAAUUGCUGGGGAACAGCCCCUCAAGAGAGUACCAUACCGCGCAGCAACCAUCAAUCGUCGUCGCGAAAUCAUGGAGGCCGAGGCUGCCACAGGAGAGAAGGUCCUACAAGGACUCUACAGCCACGAACAAACUGAAUGGAUCAUUCCGCCGCCAAUCAAGGACGGUGUUAUUCCCAAGAACGAAUAUGGGAACAUCGACUUGUUUGUUGAGCACAUGUGCCCACAGGGAGCAGUACAUGUUCCUUACCGCGGCGCGAUGCGUGUCUGUAAAAGACUCCAGAUCGACUACGCUGAGGCAGUUGUAGACUUUGAAUUUGGCCAUCGUAUGGCUGUCCCCGUCAUCCAGGGCGUCGUCAUUGCCGAGGAGAAUCACGAAACGGUUAUGGCAGAGCUCGAGAAGAACGAAGCGGAACGCGUACGAAAGGAAGACGAGAAGCGGAGAAAGGCAGCAUUGUCUCAAUGGCGUAGAUUUCUCAUGGGAAUGCGUAUCGCGGAGAGGAUUCGACAAGAGUACGGAGAGAUUGACGACCAAGUCUUGGUGUUUGGGCAUGCUCGAGAUGCAACAGGCAUCAGGAAGCAACCGCACGUUCAUGAUGAAGAAAUGGCUGGUGGUUUCCUGCCAGAAGGUUAUGAAGAGGAAGAGGAAGAGGUCGAAGAGCCGGCGCAUCAUACCUCUGCUUUCUUUCCUGCUGUAGAUGAGGACGAUGAGGACGAUGGCGGGCUGGUGAUGGAGGUCGAUGGGCCGGUGCAAGUCGAUGCUGGGCCAGAGCCUGUUGAUCCAGAGCCUGCUGAGAAGGAGUCUUCUGAGCCUCGAGAGCCUGAAGCUCCAAAACCUCAGCCAGAAACUGAGGUAGAAUCCGAGGCAGAAUCUGAACCGCCACAGCCAGCCUCGAGGCCUCGAGGACGGCCAAGGAAACAGGUGGAGAAGAAGCAGGUUUCUGCUGGGCCGGCAACUCGACGGUCGACGCGGAGUGGGCGUAAGGUGGUUUCGUAUAAUGAAGAAGGCGAGGGCGAGGGCGAUGAUGACGAAGUCGCAGAUUCGUAUGCUGAAUCCGAGGACGAUGAAUAG